AUGUUUUCACCAGUUCUUAUCAUUUCAAUAACUAUUGUAGCUACUGAAGUUGUUGUUGGAUUUUUUGGAAAUGGAUUUAUUACAGCUGUUAAUAUCACUAACUGGAUCAAAACCAGAAAACUUUCUUCCGCUGAUAUGAUCUUGAUCUUUCUGACCACAUAAAGACUUAUCUUGCAGGUGACCAUACUGAUGCACAUUCAUAGCCUCUACUUUGUGGAUGUGUUUAGGUUGGUUUCUGCAUACAAAACUUUUGGUGCUGUAUGGAUGUUUGUAAACCAUGCCAGCUUGUGGUUCAGUACCUGGCUCUAUGUACCGUACUGUGUAAAAGUAAUCAAUGUCACCCAAUGGCUGUUGCUGCAAAUCAAGCUCAGAGUAACUGGCAUGGUCCCAUGGCUUCUUCUAGUAUCACUGGUGAUCUCUUCUGUGACUUCUCUUCCUUUAUAUGGAUUACACCCAGCUUUUACCUCUGCAGCUCAACUGGGAACUGUAGAGGAAACAGUACAGCACGUUACUGACUGGGGUGAUUCACACGUCUACCUGCUGCUUCUUUACUGUGCAGGUUGCUUUUUGCCUCUCAUAUUCUCUGUGGUAACCUCAGCCCUAUUAAUUACUUCUCUAUGGAGACACACAAAGAAAAUGAAAUGUUAUGUACAUACUUCCAGGGGUCCAUUGAUAGAUGUUCACAUAACUGCCAUUAAAUUGAUUAUUUCUUUCUUGAUCCUGUAUCUUUGCAGUUUCAUAGCUCAAAUUCUGCUGAUACUGUCAACUUCUCAAAGUAAAGAUGUUGUGAUAGUUGCAAUAUCCUUAGUGGUAGCUGGGGCAUAUCCUUCCAUACACUCUAUUAUCCUGAUUAUAGUGAAUUCAAAACUGAAACUGGCAGCUAGGAUCUUUCACCAGUAUUUAAAGGGCCAUUUUUAA